AUGGCGGGCGCCCGCGGGGAGAAGGUCACCAUGCAGGAGCACAUGGCCAUCAACGUGAGCCCCGGCCCCAUCCGCCCCAUCCGCCAGAUCUCCGACUACUUCCCCCACUUCUACCCCUUCGCUCCCGCCCUGCUCCGGCCCCGGCCAGCCCCCAGCGGGCCCGGCCCCGAGAGCGCUCUGGGCAGCCCUGGGGAGGAUGCUGGGACCCCGGCGGCGGCGAAGCCUGGAGGCUCUCAGGGCCAGCUGUGCCUGCUGCAGGAGCAAGACGGAGACUCUGAUGAGAGCACCGCCCUGGGCUCCCUGGAAUUCACGCUCCUCUUGGACCCACAGAACUGCGUCCUGCACUGCGCGAUCCACCGGGCCAAGGGUCUGAAGCCCCUGGACUCGGGCUCCAGGGACACCUUCGUGAAGGCCAAUCUGCUGCCAGGGGCCAGCAAGGCAAGUCAGCUGCGCACCCGAACUGUGCGGGGCAGCCGGGGCCCCCGCUGGGAGGAGACCCUGACCUACCAUGGCUUCACCAGCCAGGAUGCUGGACGCAAGACGCUGCGGCUCUGCGUGUGUGAGGAGUCCAGGCUGCGGAGGCGGGCAGAGCCCCUGGGGGAGCUGCGAGUGCCCCUGAAGAAGCUGGUGCCCAGCCUGCCCCGGAGCUUCAACAUCUGCCUGGAGAAGAGGCGCCUGACCAAGAGGCCCAGCAGCCUGGACACUGCCCGGGGCAUGUCCCUGUAUGAGGAGGACGAGGUAGAGGUGGCCGGAGAGGAGCGAGGCCGGAUCCUGCUGUCCCUCUGCUACAGCUCUCAGCGGGGAGGCCUGCUGGUCGGGGUCUUACGCUGCGCCCACCUGGCCCCCAUGGACGCCAACGGCUACUCGGACCCUUUUGUGCGCAUUUUCCUCCGCCCAAACGUGGGCAAGAAGUCCAAAUACAAGACAACUGUCCGGAAGAAGACCCUGAACCCCGAGUUCAAUGAGGAGUUCUUCUACGCCGGGCAGAGGGAGGAGCUCGCCCAGAAGACCCUGCUGGUGUCCGUGUGGGACUACGACCUGGGCACGGCCGACGACUUCAUCGGAGGGGUACAGCUGAGCAUCAACGCCACCGGGGAGAAGCUUCGGCACUGGAGAGAGUGUCUGGCCCGCAGCGACCGGCGCCUGGAGCUGUGGCACCCGCUGGACGGAGCCCCCCCCCAGCUCGGAGACUAGCAGAC